AUGAGGAAAUGGAAAAACCAAUACAAAGGAAGUGGUCAGAUGACACUUGGGCGCCCUUUCAUCUUUAAGCGCAUUGAUAUGGAUGUCUUUGAGCAAUAUUUUGACAAGAUGGUAACUGGAGGCUCCAGUGGGAUUGGAAAAUGUAUUGCUAUUGAAUGCUAUAAGCAAGGUGCUUUCAUAACACUGAUUGCAAGGGAUGAGAACAAGCUGUUACAGACAAAGAAGGAAAUAGAAAAGUACUCUGUUAAUGACAAGCAGGUUGUACUUUGUAUUUCCGUUGAUGUGUCUAAAGACUACGAACAGGUGGAGAAUGUUCUAAAACAGGCUCAGGAGAAGUUGGGGCCAGUUGACAUGCUUGUAAACUGUGCAGGAACAUCAGUUACAGGAAAAUUUGAGGAUAUUGAAGUGAAUUCUUUUGAAAGAUUAAUGGCAGUCAAUUACCUGGGGAGUGUUUACCCGAGCCGAGCAGUAAUCGCUACCAUGAAGGAACGCAGAAUGGGAAGGAUUGUAUUUGUCUCAUCUCAGGCUGGGCAGUUAGGCCUGUUUGGAUAUACAGCUUAUUCUCCAACAAAAUUUGCUCUUCGAGGGUUGGCUGAAGCCCUGCAAAUGGAGGUGAAACCUUACAAUGUCUACGUAACAGUGGCCUAUCCUCCAGAUACUGAUACUCCUGGCUUUGCAGAAGAAAGUAAAACAAAGCCCUUAGAGACGAAGCUGAUUUCUGAAACCUCAUCUGUUUGCCAAGCAGAACAAGUUGCCAGAGUUAUAGUGAAAGAUGCCAUACAAGGGAACUUCAACAGCUCGGUUGGAUCAGAUGGUUACAUGCUGUCAAUAUUGACAAGUGGAAUGUCACCAGUCACUUCUAUUACUGAAGGUCUUCAGCAGGUUGUUUGCAUGGGCAUUUUUCGCAUCAUUGGCCUAUUUUACCUAGGAAGUUUUGACAGCAUAGUUCGUCGCUGCAUGAUGCAAAGGGAAAAAUCUGAAAGUGCAGAUAAAACUGAGUAAUCUUUACUUUGAGUGGAAAGAAGAAUGUCAAGCGGUCCUGGACAGCUUGCUGCUUAAGUGGGACUCUGUUUUGCUCCUGAAGGAUUUAGGCUGGAGGUACUUGCAUGUGUGACAGAGGAGUCCCUUCAAAAGCUAUGAAAGAAAAAACAAAAGUACAAAUCCAGAAAAUGCCAAACUAUGCAAAAGUAUGAAUGAGGAUUAGAUACCUUUUUUUUUUGGUGAUUUGAGUUGGAAAGAAUUUGGAGAGCUUGUAAGUGAUCUGCAGAAUAGAAUUUGAGAAUGGACUAUGGGAGGUAAUUCUGGACAAAUACUUAAGUUUUCUCACUUUGGUGCUUAUGGAUGAAAUAAGUACCAUGACAGACUGGGCUGAAGUAGAUUGAAGUCCCUGAACAAGUUGGUACCUUUUGCUAACGUUUUGGGAGUGCUAUUGAUUUAGAAUGUUAACUUUUCCUUUGGCCAAUCUAGAGAUCCUUCUGUCAAUGACAGCUUUCCUUAUUCUGUCCAACAUACAACUGUGGAAACCUGAAGAUCUCAAAUAUGUUUGUAUAAUCCAAGCUUUCUCAGUGUGGGAGUAAUUAAAAAGUAUGGUUUAAUAUAUGCGUACUUUCUAAAGGGAGAUGAAGAACCCGUACCCACAGAGAAAUGCUAGGAGAUGUGAUUGGGUCUGUAGCUCUUCUGGCCUUUGAAGUAUGUUGUGAACAAAAAAACAAAAACAAAACAAAACCGAAAGAAAUCAAACCAGUAUCAAGUGUGUCAGUUAUGACUCAGCAUUUUAAGCCAUUGAAACAAUGUACAAUUUUUACAGGUACUUAAUCUGCCAGUUUUUGCUCUGGAGAGGAAAGUGGCUUAAUGCUACUUCAUGCAUAUUAAUUUCAAAGCUGCAAAUGAUGAGCCAAACCAGUAGUUGAUGAUAGAAUCGAUUGUAAUUAAAAUGCUGGGCUCUUCCAGUAGCAGGAAUGUAGCUUUUUAGGGCAAGAGGGGUCAGGAGUGGGGAGAGGUGUGGGUGAGGAGGGGGGAGAGGUGUGUGUCAGAAUGGCCUUCCACACUGCAUUAUAUCACUGCACGGAAAAGCUUUCACAUGAGAAAUUCCAUAAAAUACUCUCCUUAUAUGACCCACUUCUAAUUUGUUUCAUUUACAUUAUAUGAAACAAGGCUGCUCAAUAACUGCUUCAGAACACACAGAACCCAGUGGUUGUUUCUAAUAAAUCUUGUUUAACACUGAAAAAGCUUGAUGCGUAACAAUGAUGUUUUAAGGGUGCACUAUGUAUACAGUUUAUUUAAUGGACCACUAUAGUAAGUGCCUUGUGAGCUGCUUUUUUUUUCAAAAGCUGCGUAUUUUGUAUUUGUUAGCACUGCUGUGUUUUCAAUGUCAUAUUUCCAUUUUCAUUCAGUACUCUGAAUCUAAAAUUAUGUGUAAAACUGGGCACUUUCACUUCUUUGAAAGUAAUAUUUAACAACCAAAAUAGGCAAAACUGAUUGCUUUCGUUAAGAUACUCUAUAUCUAUUUAAGAAGAGGUAUUCAAUUAAACUGAGAUAAAAAAUAGGUGGCUAACUGGAAAACCUUAGAAUACAAUUUAUUGAGGCUAAUUUUUUCCCUCUCAGAAUUAGGCUGAUCACUUUUCAAAUUUUCUUCACAUAAACUAAACUUGCUUUAAUACCUGGUUAUAAACAUAUUUUUUGGAGAGGAUCACACUGGCACUCUCAUUUUAAGUGGUGAAAAUUCAUUAGCUUACAAAUGUUGAGGCACUGUUGAAUUCUUCACCAAGCCUAUGUUUUAGGUCCUGCCUCUUGAUUUUGUUUAGAUAUGUGAAGUUAUGCAUGCCUAUAAUAUAAUACUAAUUUUGAGAAUAUAGUGUAUUUACUGCAUUUUUAAACAGCUUGGCUUCAGUGCAAAGAAAUCUAGUGUGCAUUUGUAUUUCCUGUGCUGCCUAAUGUGAAUGACAUAAAGGAGCAUUUAUCAUACAUCCAUUGUCAACAUUGCUGUUUUUCUUAAA